UAAAUGUAACGGAAUUUAUGUUGAUUCAAGAACCAAAAAUAAACAUUCAAUAAAUCAAAAUGUUGCUACAAACACAUCCGUUUUGCUACAAAAUGAAAAUGAUCCAAUGAUUGAAUUAUCACAACACUCAUUUAUUAACGAAGAAUCUUCUAUCGAACUCCAAGCUGAAGAAUCUUCUAUUGAACUCCAAGCAACUGACACAUUAAUCAAGUUUGUUAAACAUGUUUUAAUGGAACUGGAUCAUAAUGAUCAGUUUAAAGACUUUCCAACUUCUUUAUAUACUACAAGAAAGAAAUUGGGAUUGAAAUAUCAAUUCAUCACAUUUUCACAGAAAGCGAUAAAAAGAUGUGAUCAUAUACAAUUUCCAAAUCAUCACCAUCACUUUCUUCGAAAAUGUAAUGCUUCUUUAUCAGAACAAAAAGAGCUAGAAGGUGGUAAAAUCGCCAGAUUUCGAAAAAAAUUAUGGACCAAUCGGAAUGUUCAAGAAGAAAUCUUGUAUGAUAUAUAUAACGGCAAUAUUUGGAAAAAGUUUUCAAACAAUGGAGAAUUAUAUGAUAUAGAAGAGCUCUUAAAUGAACAGAAAUUUUUAAUAAAGAACAUGUAG